AUAAUUAAUAAUUUGGACUGAAAUGGCCGAAAGAAUAUACAUGGACAACCAAGCCAGUAAGCACAUCGACGCUUACCUCGAGUAUGUCAACAUUGUCGGAGAGGCAGACGGAGGAAAGAUGAUGAGUGAGAAAGAAUAUGAAGAGUUCAAAGAAAAGAUUAGAGAAUCAAGGAAAUAACAAACUCUAUGUAUCAUUCAGAAACAUUAAUGGAAAAGAUUGCAAGAUGAUAGGCCAGAGUUCCACCUGAUUUUGUGGUCAUAGGUAUAAAUCGCAUCACUUUGAUAACGUAAAGACCAGAAAAGUAAAUUGCAGAAGCUGUGUUUGAAAGCUAUUUUCGUAUGUUCCAGUUUACGGAUCUGCUGAUUUGAAGUGACUUUGAAAACAUUCAUACAAAGAUCAUGACCCUAAAACAAGAAAGUGCACUAGAAGAAACUGUAAAUGAAUGCCAACAUUCUCAUCCAAACACCCAUGCAGUUGAGGGUUAACCUUUAAUGACCAUGAGACUGUCUUUGAGAGUAGGGAGGAAAGAAAAACAGAAGGAAGAGAAGUCGAUCCCAAAUGGAUGCAGGAUAACAACAUGAUAGGAGGAACAGGAGGUCUUAAUUCCUUCACUGGGCUUCUAGAAGCUGGAGAAGUUGAUCAGUUCAGAGACCCAGCUUCAAUAAUGAGCAAUGUCCAGGAUUCUAUUGGAGGAUAUGCUGCAUUACAAGCUAUUGAAGGAGAAGAAGCUAAAGGAUCAGAUGGAUAUGGAACAGGAGCUAUUGCAAAAACAACUAGUUCCAAAAAAGGAAAGAGUGCUUAUGAGUUGUUUUGUACUCCACAUAACUAUGGAACUAAAAUGAAAGCUAUUGGAGGUAUUCCUAAAGCCUCUAAAAAGGUUUCUUCAUACAAGUACAGAUAAUUUCAACAAUGCUGUAGGUAAAA